UUUGGUCAUUUUAUUUCAUCUUUUGCUGAUUUUCUUCGUCUUUCUUCCAAUUUUAAUUCUCUCUCUUCUCUUUCUUUCUCUAUCUGUCUCUGUUCCGUGUAUCGGUGGCUGCAAAUCAAUGAAUGGAUCGUCCGAAAACUAAGUGGGUUUCUGAUGAUUUGAUUGAUUUGGUUUUAUUCCGGCGACCUCUUACAGUUUACAGAUGGUUCCGCCGUUCAAUUUCUCUGGGGUCGGAUUUCAUGAUGGUUCGAUUUAAAUUUUAAAUUUGAAAAACGGCGUUCUUCGUCAUCUGGUUCAGACGCUUCAAGAGGUUCUUAGAUCCGCGGGUUUUCGAUUUCUUCAAAAUGUUAUUGACAUCUUAGAAGUGAGAGAAGUUUCGAUUUUAUUUGGUUUGUUUCAGUUGAUGUUUCUCGGUUGUGGGGUUCUUCAAUUGGCUCGGUAUUGAAAUUGGAACAGAAGAAGAUUAAGAAGAUCUAGGGUUAGGGUGUACCAUCAGAAGGGGAGAUGUUCAAUAAAAUCAUUAAGCGUGGGCAUCGUAAGGUCUCCAAGUCGGAUCUCCAUGAACCUGCAAUUUAUGGAAAUGGUGCUUCAGCAUAUCGGAAUUCUGGAUCGGUCUCCACAUCGAAUGUUACCGUGAACCAUGCCUCUCGACCCACCAUUGUUGCCCCUGGUGCCAAUUCUCAGCAAAAUGCAACAACAGCUUCUUCCAAUUUACUCUCCUCCUCUGGGUUUUCUUCGGGUAUCGUUGAAACUCUUCCCAUGUUCAGAGAUGUUCCCGCUUCCGAUCGCCCCAGUUUGUUCCUCCGAAAGCUUCAACUUUGCUGCAUCAUUUUUGAUUUUUCUGACACCGUGAGAUCGAUUCGGGAGAAGGAGACUAAGCGUCAGACCCUUCUUGAACUUGUAGAUUUCAUACAAUCGGGUAAUGGCAAACUUAGCGAGGACCUCCAGGAAGAGAUGAUACGAAUGAUUUCCAUCAACAUUUUCCGUUGCUUGCCCCCAUCUUCCUAUGAGAAUACUGGCGCCGAAGCCACUGACCCAGAGGAGGAUGACCCGUAUCUCGAACCUGCGUGGCCUCACUUGCAGCUUGUGUAUGAGCUGCUAUUGAGGUAUGUUGUGUCGUCUGAUACUGACACUAAGAUCGCUAAACGUUACAUCGAUCAUUCCGUUGUUUUAAAACUCCUCGAUUUAUUUGAUUCCGAAGAUCCGCGUGAGCGGGAGUACUUGAAGACCAUUCUCCAUCGUAUUUAUGGGAAGUUCAUGGUGCACCGUCCUUUCAUAAGGAAGGCUAUAAACAACAUUUUUUACCGUUUCAUAUUUGAGACGGAGAGACACAGUGGAAUUGGGGAGCUGCUGGAAAUUCUCGGGAGCAUAAUUAAUGGGUUUGCCUUGCCAAUGAAGGAGGAGCAUAAGUUGUUCCUCGUUCGUGCUCUUAUCCCACUCCAUAAACCUAAACCUAUUGCUUUGUAUCAUCAACAGCUCUCCUACUGUAUUACCCAGUUUGUUGAGAAGGAUUACAAGCUGGCAGAUACUGUCAUCAGGGGGUUGCUAAAGUACUGGCCAGUCACAAAUUGUCAGAAGGAGGUUCUCUUUCUUGGAGAACUAGAAGAAGUACUGGAGCUAACGCAGUCUGCGGAAUUUCAGCGUUGCAUGGUUCCACUUUUCAGACAAAUUGGGCGUUGCCUUAACAGCUCCCAUUUCCAGGUUUCAGUAUGUCGAAAUGAUCAAACGAAGCCAACCAUCAAAAUAUGCAGAGUAGCAGAGCGAGCCCUGUUUUUGUGGAACAAUGACCACAUUGUGAGCUUGAUUGCACAGAACCGUAGUGUGAUAUUCCCAAUUAUUUUUGAGCAGCUGGAGACGAACAUAAAGAGCCAUUGGAAUCAAGCUGUACAUGGGUUGACAGCCAAUGUGCGAAAGAUGUUCUUGGAGAUGGACAAUGAGCUGUUUGAAGAGUGCCAAAGGCAGUACCAAGAGAAAGUGGCAAAUGCAAAAGAAUUAGAAGAACAGCGAGAGUUGACAUGGAAGAGACUGGAAGCUGUUGCAGCGAAGGCUGGAGGAGAGGACAUGGUUUUGGUAAACUGAUAUAGUUGCGUGCCCCGUCAAUCAUAUUCGAUAGAUAGGUGGAUAAUACUGGUUUCUCUUCAUUCUAGUUGGAUUUUCUUCUUUUAUUAAUUUUUUUUUUUGGGGGUUUGGGGUUGGGGGGGGGGGGGGAGGAGGUUGGAAAAUGUCCUAUUGGGGUAUUCAAGAAAGGCAGUGUGUAGUGUAUGUUAAAAAUGUAUCAAAAUAUGUGGAGAAUAUGCUGCAGAUUAUGAAUGCUUGUGAAGAUUUCCAGCAAA